AUGGAUAUCACAAGUAAAUUAAUUCUCUUCACUAUAACCCUUGUCUCGCUCCUCUUUGUUGGCAACGCCGAUCCUAUACACGUUGUAAAUCGUGAUUUCAAGCCCGAUCUCUUGAAUUUUUGCAAAAAAACCUCCAACCCUACCCUUUGUGAAAACACCAUUCAAUCACACUUCUUCAAGCAUUUUGACCCCUCGGAGGCUCUUAAGGUCGAAGUUGAUGCGACGCUUGCCCAAACCCAAAAAGCUAUGGCAAUAAUCAACGACUUAUAUAAGAAAAGCGACAUUUCAAAAUCAUUGAAGGAUUCUCUUGACAUAUGCAAGGAACAAUACGGCUUGAUAUUAGAUGCUAUUAAACAAACUAGUGAUGCAAUUGCAGCGCGCAAUUGGGUUGAAGCAAGAUCGCAGUUCGGUUCUAUUAUAUCAUCCCAACAAGCUUGCAGUGACUCAUUUGAAGGGAUACAAAACGAAUUCACAUUUGCUACUGAUUCUAAAGCUAUCUUUGAUUUGGGAGGAAAUUGCUUAGACAUGAUUGUUGAUUUGGAAAAAUCUGAACCUCAAAUUGAUCUACCAAUGACAGAAUCACCUCCUUCCCCAUUUGACAACGUAAUUGGACCAGUUAGUUAA